GGCUGUAUUUCUACUUUGUGAUUAGCUGUUGAACAAUGGCUGGAAGUUUGUGUUUGGUUCAGAUUUUGGCAGUUUGUGCCGUCUGUCAUGCUGUUCCAAAGUGGAGUAAUCUGCUCCAGAACCCUCAAACUCUGAUGAUCCAGCAAACUGACCAGCGGUUUCAGCAGCCAGUUCAACAACAAACUAACCAGCAGUUUCCUCAGCAGUUUCAGCUUCAGAAGCCAGUGGCGCAGACAGAGCUCCUUGAUAAAUGUGCUGUAGCUGAUUAUGAGCAGAUCCAAUGUGGACAACCUGGGAUCAGUAGUGCUGAGUGUGAAACUAUCAACUGCUGCUUUGAAAGACAGCAGUGUUACUAUGGGAGGGCAGUGACCCUCCAGUGUAUUAGAGAUGGUCAGUUUGUGGUAGUGGUGUCU